AUGACUGACAACAAUAACGCAAGUUUUUUAGGUGGACAUGCUCAAUAUGUGAAAGGAGCAGUUGAAGAAACAAUUGGUAGUAUAACUGGUAGUCAAGCUUGGAAAGAUUCGGGUGCACAUGAUAAACACGAAGCAACUGAAAAAAUGAGAGCAGCGAAUCAAGGACCAAGUGACUCUUCAUUUAUCAGUGGUACCACAGAGAAGAAAAUAGGUAGCAUGGUCGGUUGUGAAGGAAUGAUUCACAAUGGUGAAGAGAAAGGACGAAGACAAUAA